AUGGAUGAUUUGAUGCAACAAAUUUUACAGCAACAACAAUUGUUUUUACAGCAGCAGCAACAUUAUCAAAGGACAUAUUCAGCUUUGCAAAACAUUGAAAGACAGAUUAGCCAUCUAGCAACGAAUAUGGAUCAAAUGCAAGCUCAAGCAGAACAAGAUGACUCACAUUUCGCUCCAAUUUCAGCUCAAAAUAUAGAGAAAGAAGCACAACAGCAAGGUAUUGAGGUUUCUGUACCAUUACCUUUUCCUCAAAGAAGAUUCCAGCAAAGGAAAAAUGUUGAGGAAGAAAAAGCUAGGGAAUUUCAAGAACUCAUGAAUUUGUUUAGCAAAGUGGAGGUGAAUGUGCCCUUGUUAACCAUGAUAGAACAAGUUCCGAAAUAUGCAAAAUUUCUCAAGGAUGUAUGUUUGCAUAAGAAGAAAUUAAUGGGGAAUGAACUAGUUAGCAUGGGAAAAUAUGUUUCAGCCCUUAUUCAACCCAUUCCUCAGAAGUGUGAUGAUCCAGGAGUUUUCACCGUGCCAUGUACUAUUGGAAAUUAUGUGUUUGAGGACGAUAUGCUGGAUUUAGGAGCUUCUAUUAAUGUAAUGUCAAAAUUAGUUUUUCUAUCAUUGGGUAUUGAUCCUCUACAGCCUACGGGAGUUGUUAUUCAGUUGGCCAACCGUAGUCAGGCUCAUCCAACUGGAGUGAUUGAGAAUGUUUUGGUUAAAAUGAGUGACCUUAUAUUUCCAGCUGAUUUUUACAUUUUGGAUAUGGAAGGUGAUGUAUUAAUGAAUAGAGCUCCAAUCAUUUUAGGUAGACCAUUCCUUAAGACUGCCAGAACUAAGAUUGAUGUGCAUGCGGGAACUCUAUCUAUGGAGAUUGCUGAUGUAGUUGUUCAAUUCAGUAUUUUUGAUACGUUGCAACAAAAGAAGAGACAUUCUAUUUUUAGUGUUUAUAAAUCCGAAUGGCUGGAUACUAUGGAUUUUCUUAUUGAUGAAGAUUCUGAUGAAGUUAUCUCAGACUCUAAUGAAUUGGGAUGUAAAUCUAAACAUUCUGGAGGUUGUAUUGAUAACAGGGAAAUAGUUGAGAUUCUUUGGCAGAUUCUGAAGCUUUAUCAAGGCUUGCAUGAUGAAAAUUUUGCAAGUCUAACAGCAGCAGUCUGGAAAAUGAAGCUGGAAAACAGAAAUGCAGUGCUAAAAACAGAGAGGCAAAAUGAUGAAACACUAAUGCAGAAUUCAGGAAGUGCAGGAUUGUGUAUCAAGAUGUAUCAAAGAUCAAGAACAUCACUUAAAUCAGAAUUCCUUUAA